CUUUCUCUUCACCUCAAAAGCCGCUUUUAAGACGUGCAGAGAGGUACACUUGUCCUCUCUGCUUUUCUAUCGAUUCUUUCACACCCACACCCCACCCCACCACCCCUUAUCUCCCUCGUUGUCUAUCGGAGCUGGUCUCACUCCAGGGGCUGUUGGAUAAUUCCCCGUCCCUCUGCUGCCACUUGGUCCUUUUGCGUCACCCACCCCAUGAUGAUCAUGGAGCUUUCAUUGCUGCUCCUUUGAUCCAACCAGCUCCCCAAUGAGUUCAUUCGGCAACCUCCUCGUCGCUUAUGUCCUCGGUGGACUCACCUUCAUCCCUCUGCUCGUAUCGCUCUUUCUUUUCUAUGCGUAUUGGACUGCAUCGUCUCCGCUCGCCCAGCAUUCUCGCCAACCAGCACACGGGUCCAUACAGCGCGAUAACGAUGAUCAAUAUAGUCUAAAGUCCGGGACCGAUGAGCUGGCCGAGAAGUUCCAUCGUACACAUGACUCUGACGUGGCCGCCGGAUAUUUCGCUGUCUGUCGUGAAUAUGUCCCGGGUGGAGUCAACGGGAAACCGCCGGAGAGAACCACCCCGGCGGGUGAGGUGAUCGCCGCCGAGAGCCCUAGCGUCUACCAAGCGAUGUAUAGAAGUCUAUUCGACCGGAAGCAGACUCCCACCAUCGAACCCACGAAAAACGUCACUAAGAACGGAAAGCGGGCGCGCAAUGUGUUUUACAUUGUGCUUCGGCAUGGGCACUUGAUGCUCUACGACAACGCGAGCCAAGUGGAAGUCCGAUACGUCAUUUCCCUUGCCCACCACGACGUGAGCAUCCAUGGAGGAGAAGGAGAAAUUCUGGAAGGAGAGCUGUGGCUGAAGAGGAACGCUAUAUGUCUUUCGCGACGCCUGGAGUCACUAGGGGACCUCGGCGGGCCCACGCCGCCUUUCUUUUUGUUUUCAGAAAACCUGUCGGAAAAAGAAGAUUUUUACUUCGCCAUGCUCCAGAAUCAGUCCAGGUUGUGGAAUUCUGCGGAUAGUCCUCCGAAACACCAGAUGUUCGAUACGAAGCACAUCGUGACACUGGUGCAGCGGCUGCACUCCUCCGAGGAACAGCUGCAAACCCGCUGGAUCAAUGCUGUCUUGGGUAGACUGUUUCUCGCAAUGUACAAGACGCCAGAAAUGGAGGACUUCAUCAGGAAGAAAAUCACUAAGAAGAUAUCCCGCGUCAACAAGCCGAAUUUCAUCAGCAAGAUCGGUCUACAGACAAUAGACAUGGGGGAGGGAGCUCCCUUCAUCAUCAAUCCGAGGCUUAAAGAUUUGACUGUCGAUGGCAAUUGUUGUGUGGAGACGGACGUGCAGUAUACCGGCAAUUUUCGUGUGCAGAUCUCGGCUACCGUACGAAUCGACCUGGGUCCGCGCUUCAAAGCUCGAGAAGUCGAUAUUGUCCUGGCAGUGGUCCUGAAGAAACUCGAAGGACAUUUGCUCAUACGAUUUAAGCCACCUCCGAGUAAUCGGAUCUGGAUAUCGUUCGAAACGAUGCCUAACAUGGAGAUGGAUAUUGAACCGAUUGUUAGCUCUAAACAGAUCACGCUCGGUAUCAUCCUUCGCACUAUCGAAAGUCGAAUUCGCGAAGUGGUCGCAGAAAGUUGUGUCCUGCCAUUCUGGGAUGAUAUACCAUUCUUGGACACCCAGGCUCAGCGCUUCCGUGGCGGAAUCUGGCAGAGAGAUAUCCCCACACCUGACGAGAAGGCAGAUAUCCCCGACGAAUCGGAAGCGCAAUCCCCGGUGUCUGGAGGGCCCCCAGAUCAGUCCGUCGAAAUGCUGAAAAUGAAGGAUGAACGCACAAUGAGCGCGCCUGCGCUUGCAGAAUCUGGUGCAGCUACGCUGAAGGCCCGCAAGGCUUCGAAGGCCUCAAUUGGGGACUCAGAAAAGAGUGGCUCUAGCGCCUUGUCUUCUGCUAUAGAGAAAUUAGGUACUUCCCCUCCAAGAGUCAUCCGCUCUCAGACCUUCUCCAAUGCCGCGGAUCCUGUGGUCACCGCCGAUCAUGCGGGAUUCGACCGGGUCUCGUCCGAAUCAAAGGGGGGAGAGAAGACCAAUGCAACGAGCAGUAUGACUGAGAUAUCUACGCGUUCGCCUCCUGGCUCGCCGGAAAAGACGACUGGCAGCUCACCUCCCAUGGAAAGCCACCUUGUUGCGACCAGUGCUUCCCAGAGCCGCGAGCCGUCCAUUGUUGAGUCUGUUGACAGCGUCCAGGAGUCCUUUGGUGACUUGCCUACGCGGCCUCCUUCAAUUCACCACGGUAGUGAGUUAUCGAUGCACGUCGACAGCAUGGCGAAUGCUUCGACUGCAUCCUUGACCAGCAAUAAAUCACGACGGAGGAGCACAAUGGAGACGUUGACUCGGUCUCUUACGUCUGCAACGAACUCGGAUGGCAAGUCCCAGGCAUCUCUGUCCUUCAAUACGGCCACGUCUGUGGCCAAGAAGUGGGGAUGGAAUGUGUUUGGCAAAGGCGAUUCCAGCUCCGGCCAGGAUGUUUCUCGUCCUGCUGGCACCCCGGAGCAGCCGAUCGGACGUGGCCACCCUCUCCCACCUCCCGGUACACCACUGCCGCGGCCGGAAAAGGUCAGCUACAGACGGACUGGAAGUUCGACCGUCGUCCCCAAACGAAAGCCUGUUAGUCACGCGCCGGUCCUCGAGCAUAAGUCGGAGAAGGAAAACCACCGACCAGUCCCGAAACCGCCUUUGCCACCCCGACGGAAACCUGUGUAUCAUCCUGAUGAUAGCCAUAGCCGUCCCACGGAUUUACUCGUGGUCGAGGCGCCAUAUGAUUCGGGUCCUAAUAGCCCAGUGGUCGACAUAACCCCUGAAGCGACAUUGGCCGCGGCACCGAAGACAGCUGAUACACCGUUAGAUCCGACAACCGAUGAGACGGUGAAUCGUGGCGGUCUCUCGGAGGCGGAUACAGACCAAGGAGCAUCCGAGUCGAAACGGUCGACAAUGGCCUCGGUGAUCGACCCUGACCUUGGGAAACAUGGAAUGGAAUGGCUCUCUGCCACGGACGGGAUCAUUCCGUGACUGUGAUAGAGGCUGCUAUGGAUAACAAGAUGCCUACAGAUCGGUGUUUGCACUGCUCUUAUGCAUUUAAUCGUGUCAGUAGCUGCCAAUGGUCUAACACUGCGGGGCGCUGUGCGUUUCCCCAUAUACAUUUCGUGUAAAGCGAUGAGAGAUGAUGAGAGGAAAAGCCCGGUUCAAGUAGCUGUGCAAGAAUCUUCAUCCACAAGCCCUGAUCGAUUAUGUUCGACUUAGAUGCUUGCUACAUUCCUAUCAUUAGCUGAUUAUUGAGCGUGUAAGGCGCAAGGGGAUAGGAGGCAUUGUUGAUUGCUUGGAGUCUGGUUCUCUUUUGAGUCGGAUUAGCUUUAGUGUGAU